UACAAAUCUAUUACAUUUAUUGAGCAUGACAACGGCAACUGAAGCUAGCAGACCCGUCAAUGCUGAACAACAUUCACCCCCAAAAGGAGGUGUGUUAUGGGAAACACUAAGGUCUCUUUUGUUCAUCUCUGGAACAGCAAUACUGACAACUAUUGCUGUUAAGAACUCUGUUAAUCCAUACAUAGACAAAAUAUGGGGAGCUUCACAUGACUUUUGGGGUUCUCUCUGGACCUCUAUUUACGAGCUGUUUGGCAGAAACGACUUUCUUGUCCAUUUUAUUGGGUCUGGACUUAAUGGUAUUAUAUGCUUCACCGUAUUCAAUGCUCUCUUUCUGUUGUGUGACAUCACAGGACACCCAACUUGGUUGCUGAAGUACAAAGUUCAGGAUGCAAAGAAUCAACCUGUCGAUAGAAAAAGACUAUGGAGUUGCAUCAGAACUGCUGCUUUCAACCUUGGAGUUGUCAGUCCAGUCUUUACUUUGGUGUUCUACAAGGCAUCGCAGUGGAAUGGAUCAUACCAUAAGGGCGAUCUCCCAACUUUCAACCGAUUUCUCCUUGAGUUCCUGGUCUUUAACAUUGUUGAGGAAAUAUUCUUUUACUACAGUCACAGGAUCUUGCAUCACCCCAAGUUGUACGCUCGAUUCCACAAGAAGCACCACGAAUGGACAGCCCCAAUUGGUAUAACUUCAAUUUACUGUACCCCGCUGGAGAUGGUAGUAUCGAACUUGUUCCCUAUUGCUCUUGGACCUUUCCUCAUGCAAUCGCAUCUCUUUGUGACCUGGAUUUGGUUUGGAUUGGUGCUGUUCUCUACGACAUUGGCCCACGGUGGAUAUCAUGUUCCCUUCCUCUUCUCUCCUGAAGCUCACGACUACCACCACAAAGUGUUCAACUGUCUGUACGGAACACUGGGAAUCCUGGAUAAGCUCCACAAGACAGACAAGCCCUUCGCUGGUAGCGUCCACGAGAAACGUCACUACAUCUCCUACAGCCUCACUCCAAUCAAGCAGAUACACCCCGAACCGGUGAGAGGCGGUGGAAAAGCUGGUAAAUCUGGCAAAGCUGAGUGAAGACCUGAAUUUGGAAUCCUAAGUGGAACUGCGGAAUUGAAGAUUUUGGAAUUUUGAACUAUGAACUGUGAACUGUAAACUGUAAACUGUAAACUGUGAACUGUUUGUUUUACAUUUUGUGUAUACGUUAUUCUGUGUUGUGUUUGUACAGACAGCUAUUUCGGAAAGAAGAAAAUUUUGAGUUUUUUAGGUAAGAUUUAUUAUUAGAUUUAUUAUAUUUGUUAUGAUUAGUGAAUUAGAAGCUUCAAACCGAACCCUUUUUGCCAGAUAUCGAGAGCUCUAUUAUAUCGUUAAACUAUGUAUAAUUACUUAUUAGUAUGAAGGAUACAUUAUAUUAUAUCGUAUAAAUAUAAUAAAGUUUAACAAGAUUUUGCUGAUCAUGCAAUUGUAAUUCUAGAUUUUAUUGUGUGCUAUAAGCUUUCUGCAUAGUUCAUGAUUACUGUGUACAAAGUAGUUAUAUAAAGAAGUAUAAAAGAAUAGAUUUAACGUUAUCAGUUUUAUUGAUAAAUUGCAUGUAUGAUGUAUCAUCCAUUUUUAAUGAUUGAUUCGCUAGUACAGAAGGUAUAAAAUAAAGGUUAUCCCAGAAUAAGCCUCAUGUAAAUGUACGAAGGGCGAAGGCUGUGGUCAAUUAUGUAGCAGUGAGGUCAAAGUGAUUUUGGAUUUAAUUUCGGACCACUCUGUAUCAUAUCAGAAAUUAGUUGAUUGCAGUAAUUUAAAAUUAGUCUUAAAUGAAAUUGUUUAAUUAGUUACGUCAUAGAAAAUAUAAAACUUGUGUUUUCUAGUAUAGGUGAAUAUUUAAUAUUUGAUUUGUGUCUUUAAAUUAAAAUAAUUGUGCUGCUGAUUUUAUAAAAUGUGAUUCUAUCUAUGUUAAUUUCAAAAUGUUUUAUGUCAUCUGAUAAAAAUUUACAUAA